AGUCUUUUCCCUCCCAGAAGCCCGCGGGCGGCUAGGAACGCAGUCCGUGUCAUGGCCGCGGGAGCCGGGACGGCAAGCCCCGCUUCCGGCCCGGGCGUUGUGCGUGACCCGGAGGCGUCACAGUCGAAGAAGCGGCCCGGCCGGGAAGGCGGGGAGGGCGCGCGGCGAUCGGACGCGAUGGCGGGAGGAGGCGGGAGCAGCGACGGCAGCGGGCGGGCGGCAGGCCGGCGGGCGUCCCGCAGCAGCGGGCGCGCUCGGCGGGGGCGCCAGGAGCCGGGGCUGGGGGGCGCCGCGGAGCGGGGCGCGGGGGAGGCACGGCUGGAGGAGGCGGUCAACCGCUGGGUGCUCAAGUUCUACUUCCACGAGGCGCUGCGGGCCUUUCGGGGUAGCCGGUACGGGGACUUCAGGCAGAUCCGGGACAUCAUGCAGGCUCUGCUUGUCAGGCCCUUGGGGAAGGAGCAUACCGUUUCUCGGCUGCUGCGGGUUAUGCAGUGUCUGUCGCGCAUCGAAGAAGGGGAAAAUUUAGACUGUUCCUUUGAUAUGGAGGCUGAGCUCACACCACUGGAAUCAGCUAUCAAUGUGCUGGAGAUGAUUAAAACGGAAUUUACACUGACAGAGGCAGUGGUGGAAUCCAGUAGAAAACUGGUCAAGGAAGCUGCUGUCAUUAUUUGUAUCAAAAACAAAGAAUUUGAAAAGGCUUCAAAAAUUUUGAAAAAACAUAUGUCCAAGGACCCCACAACUCAGAAGCUGAGAAAUGAUCUCCUGAACAUUAUCCGUGAGAAGAACUUGGCCCACCCUGUUAUCCAGAACUUUUCCUAUGAGACCUUCCAGCAGAAGAUGCUGCGCUUCCUGGAGAGUCACCUGGAUGACGCAGAGCCCUACCUCCUCACGAUGGCCAAAAAAGCUUUGAAAUCUGAGACUGUCGCCUCAGGUACAGUGAAGGAAGAUAAACAGCCAGCACCAGAGCCUGUGCAGAAGCCACUCAGAGAACCUGCAAGGCAGUUACGGAGUACUCCAACCACCAUUGGAAUUAUGACCCUGAAAGCGGCUUUCAAGACUCUGUCCAGUGCACAAGAUUCUGAGGCAGCCUUCUCAAAACUGGACCAGAAAGAUCUGGUACUUCCUAAUCAAGUGUCUCUGCCAUCACCAGCCCUCAAAAACAAGAGACCAAGAAAAGAUGAAAAUGAAAGUUCAGCCCCUACUGAGGGUGAGGGUGGCUCCGAACUGCAGCCCAAGAACAAGCGCAUGACAAUAAGCAGAUUGGUUUUGGAGGAGGACAGCCAGAGUACUGAGCCGAGCACAGGCCUCGACUCCUCCCAGGAGGUCGUCCCGGCAUCACCAUCCAAGCCCACCGUUCUCAACCAACCCCUCCCUGGGGAGAAGAAUCCCAAAGUACCCAAAGGCAAAUGGAACAGCUCUAAUGGGGUUGAAGAAAAAGAGACAUGGGUGGAAGAGGAUGAACUGUUUCAAGUUCAGGCAGCACCAGAUGAAGAGAGUGCAACCAGUAUAACAAGAAAGCAGAAGUGGACUGUAGAAGAAAGCGAGUGGGUCAAGGCUGGAGUGCAGAAAUAUGGAGAAGGAAACUGGGCUGCCAUUUCCAAAAAUUAUCCAUUUGUUAACCGAACAGCUGUGAUGAUUAAGGAUCGCUGGCGGACCAUGAAAAAACUUGGCAUGAACUGAAACAGGCUUUCAUUUCCACAGAAUUCACAGGAGCAUGGUUCCUAAUAAUA